AUGUCAUCCACAAACUGGCGAAUAUCAACAUCUUGGAUUGCGUGCCUUAUUCGAAUGAUGCCGUCCUCAUGGUCAUUUGAAAAUUCCCAACAUCAAGUAGAUUCAAGGCAUUAUUGGGGAGUAGAUCGAAAUGAAAAUGAGGAGGAGUGGUUGAAGUUACCGUACCCUGGAAGACUUUCAAAGAAACACUCCGACAACUUCUCUCUGGUCAUGGAUUUAGAAGCAAAUCAUCCGGAACAACAGCAACAGCCUCACAAUCUUCCAGGCUUUCCCGGGCAUUUGAUUAGAGCUGACAUCGUUCCUUCUAUAUUGGACGCUUCAGCUAUUGCAACAACUGCAGCUGUAAAUGUUGCUGCUAAUACUGCAAGUAGUACAACAGCCACAACUUUGCUGUUCGAUAGCAACUCGUUGAGUAUUACUGCCAGCAGUGAUACUCUGACAGUAACUAGUGCUAUUUGUCCACCACCAUCUAGCUCCUCAUCCAGCAUUUUCUCCACCACUCAACAUGAUAUUUAUCGAUUACCAAAUGUUGGUGCCGUUGACCAAAGUGCUACUGCUCUGAAUAAUAUUGCAGGAAAAUUACCGAGAAUAGAAGAUAGGAAAAAAGACUAUGAUGCAUCAUCGGGAAGUAUUGAAUGUGAUGGAAAUUCGAAUGUAUCACCGGAUACUUGUUUGAUCAGUAGCCAGAAACCACGUAGACAACGUACUCAUUUUACAAGUCAUCAGCUAACAGAGUUGGAAAAUUGGUUCUCACGGAAUCGCUAUCCAGACAUGGCCACAAGAGAGGAAAUUGCAUUAUGGAUCAGUCUUACAGAGCCACGAGUUCGCGUGUGGUUUAAAAACAGACGAGCAAAAUGGCGCAAACGGGAGCGUCAUUUGUUAACUCCUGAUUUCAAAAGCUUUCAACCAACCGGUUGUUUCCCACAAGCUCUGUUGCCAACCCAUCCACAGCUUGACGAUGUUUACGGUUCCUCAUCUUGGCAAGGUUAUUCUACGAGGAAUCCGAGUACCGCGUUUGGUUGGGCUUUAAAAGCACAGGGACCGUUGCAACAUACUUUCCCUCAAUUGAUGACUCCAACAACAUCCAACAAUGCAACGGCCUUAUCUCGCUUUGCUCCUACUCAGCCACCAUUUUACACAGCCAAUACCACAAAUGCCACUAAUCCAAUGUCAAAAGAUGAUAAGUUCAAGUUACACUCUCAAGGAUAUUGCUCUUCUGUAAUGCAAAUGCCUAGUACUGGCACCCAUUCCCAACAGGCCAGCAGUUUUUCAGUUCAAUCAUAUCAAUACAACGGUCCGCUAUAA